AUGGGUGGCCGAUCUGGGAGAAAUCGGAUUCCAUUAGAUGACCCCUUCUUGAAUGGUGUGCCACCUGUAGGACCCUAUCCUCCAGGACCCUAUCCACCAGGCAACGAUCCAAUUGGUGGAUUAGCUACAUAUGGUCCUUAUCCACGACCUUGUUCUGGACCUUACCCACCUGGAUCAAUGGGAAACAUGUAUGGACCACCACCUAUACGUCGACCUAACAAUUUAGGUGGUCGAUAUGCUCAAGGUUUUAAUCGAGCGCCUAGUAUGGUUCCGUGGAGUUAUGGAAAUUAUUAUUUGGGUAAUACCACAAUGCAGACAAUACCAUCUAUGUUUAAAAAAGUAGCUCAAUUAGGACAGAUACAGGCACUGUCUGCACUUGCGAAUCCUAGUUUAUUAGGUCCUGCAGCAAUGAUGCCAUGCAUGCCAGCGAUGCCAUGUAUGCCAGCGAUGCCAUGCAUGCCAGCGAUGCCAUGUAUGCCAGCAAUGCCAUGCAUGCCAGCAAUGCCAUGCAUGCCAGCAAUGCCAUGCAUGCCAGCAAUGCCAUGCAUGCCACCAAUGCCAUGCAUGCCACCAAUGCCACGCUUGCCAGCAAUGCCAUGCAUGCCAGCAAUGCCAUGCAUGCCAGCAAUGCCAUGCAUGCCAGCAAUGUCAUGCUUGCCACCAAUGCCAUGCAUGCCACCAAUGCCAGCAAUGCCAUACAUGCCAAUGAUGUCUUCUAGCAUGCCUUCUUCAUUCAGUAUGUCAAUGGCUGCUCCAAUGAUGGCUGCUGCUACUCCAUUACCUGUUGCAUUUAAUCCAUUAGUUCAAGGUAUGUAUCCAAUGGCAUCAAUGUGUCCUGUUAACUGGAUGACUCCAUCAUCGUUUAUGUCUGCUUUAAUAUCGGGUCCUAUGCCUUAUCGUCCACCAGUAUUUGAUUUUCCUAACAAUAUUGGUAUGAUCAUGACUAUUCCCUAUGGUACAUCGAAUCCUUUACUUUCAUCACCAAGUUAUGAUUCAUCAUUUAAUUACGGUGUCAGACCUUUUUCGUGUUAUUGGCCUGAUUCCAUGCCACCAGCAACAACACCUUCAUAUCCAAUGAUUAGUUAUUAUCCACAACCAUAUCCUUCUGUAUAUCCUGUUCCUCCAGCACUACCUUAUAUUCACAAUACAGCACUUCAAUCGUCUGUAUAUGCUGGUAUGCCAACCACAAUAGCUGGUUAUAACCCACCAUUAUCUAUACCAAGGGACGCUUCACUUAUGCCAUCACAAGGUGCUGUUACAAAUGUUGGUUUUACUCAACCUGCAGUACUGACAACCAAUAGCAAUUUGACUACAUCUAAAUUGAUAAAUAGUCAAUCAACAAAAUGUUCAUUACCAGUUUACAAUACAACAGAUCAAUCUCAACUUUUAAUAGGUCGAAAAGUUAUAUCCAGUAAUUCUAAUCUUCCAAUCAACUGUGAUGAACGUUCAGAAAUCACACCAGAUACACUCAAAUAUCGAUAUAAAAUCUCUCAAACUCAUGAUACUACACCUACUCGACUUCGUCGUCAUGUAUCAUCAACCUCUCGUUCUAAUUAUAAAUCAACUACAUCUCGAGGUCGUAGGGAACCAACUUUACCUCCUAUAUUAAAUGGAUAUCUUAUAUCGGAUUCUGGUUGGUUACCAAAAAUUCCUGAAUCUAAUGCAAUAUCAUCUAUAUUUGAUAGUAAAAAACGAAAACGAAAAUCAUAUACAAUUGAAAAUGGUACAUCAGUAAUAGCUCCAACAAAUAGUCAUGUACCAUUUAUUUCACGACGACGUUCUCGUCAUGGAUCAAAAUCAUCAGCAUCUGAAUAUGAUUGUGUUAUAUGUCAGCAACAACGUGAAAAACAACGUUUACGUGGACAUUUUAAUGAAUCAACGAUUUCAUCAUUAUUACAAUCAUCAAAAGGUUCACGUCAACAUCGUUUAUCGUCGAAUGAAUCUUCCUUAUCAUCAAAAGCACAUUCACCAAAAUCAUAUAAACAUGGUGAUCAUAAAUCAUAUCGUCGUCAUCGAAGACGAAUUAAACAUCAUAAUAAGAUAUCAUCAAAAAAAUCAAAUUCACCACGACAAUCACCCAUGCGUGAACGACAACAAGAUGAUACAAUCCAUGAACUAGAAGAAAAAGAAAUUGAAAAUCAGGAAAUGGAAAAACAUUUUAUUGAUGAUGAUGAUUAUAUUCAUGAUUCAGAUAAUGAACAACUUGAUCAUCGUGAAUCACCAAUUAAUAGUUUAAGAUCAUCAGAAGAAUAA